AGUCUUACACGUUUAUUUUUUUUGUGCAGAAAGCAAACGAAUUUGCAGAAAUAAACGAGAAUUCUUAGAGACAGAAACUAUACUGAAUGCCUACACCCGUUUGCCUGCAAUGGUAUUGACAGACCACUAGAUGGACAUAUUGACCCUAAAAUGGUGAAACGUCAAAAAGUCUUCGUCCAUGGACAGUCUGUCAGAAGAGCUAGAGGAGGUUAGAAGCAGGGCAGAGGCGUGUCUAUCUUCACCGUGCUCGGCCCAUGAAGUUCGGGCAGGUGUGUGUGCCAUGGCCAACCUUCCUCUGCCACCUGCUGCUAAGUACCAACAAAUUUCAGCAGAGGUGAUGUUGAAGGAAAACAGUGCUGGCAAUAACAAGAAAGAGACCGUGGGGUCUUUGCAGAGACUCUCCACAGCUCUUAAUAUCCUAGAGAAGUAUGGAUCAAAUCUCACCAGCUCCAACAGGCCAAAGUAUUGGCGGACUGUAAAGCAUAAUAACCCUGUCUUCAGAGCAACAGUGGACGCUAUUAAGGGGGGCCGGGCUGUGCUCUCUCUCUAUGGAUAUACCAAUCAACAAGCAGAUGGUCUCAGCUUCCCCGAUGAAGUUCAAGAGCCAGAUAUUCAGAAGGUGUCCUCGGUUACCCUGGAGGUCAUGAGUCUCAGGAUGGAACUGGACAUGCUCAUCCAGGAGUCUCAUCCUCAUCCAGAGUUCUUUGAGACACUGGUUCCAUCAGUAUUUCAGCAGGAGGAGAAGGUGUUGGCCUCCCCCUCUGAUGCUCCUUGGGAAAAGCAGGAUAAGCCUGCGUUAUCUCUCACUCCAUCCAAAGGGUCCUCCUCUACUAAGUCCACUGGUUGUUCCCUGUGUGGUGGCACGGCUUCUGUCUUGUGCGCUGCGUGUGGUUCCAUUCGCUUUUGUGAGUCAUGUGACACGGCGUUCCACUGCCACCCUAGCAGAGCCGCCCAUAGGCGGGAGCCCGCGCUGACCACUGCGAGGCAGGAUAACUGCACCAUAUGCGGCAUCUUCCCCGUCGCGGCCCAGUGUCCGGCCUGCGUGCAGAGGCUGUGCUCGGAGUGCGACCGGCUGUACCACUCCCACCCGGCCCGCGCCAGCCACAGCAGGGUCACAGUGGCCUCGGCCAAGCCCUCCAAGUCCAUAAGUUCAUCGCUGGCCUCCUGGCAGUGUGUCCACUGCACCACACUGAACCGCAUGCAGGAAGUGCUGUGUGGCACGUGUGAGCGCCCCCGUCUGGCUGCCACUGCACCUGCAGCCGCAGCCACUAGUGCCCCACAGGAGGAGAUGCAGCCCUCCACUAUCACAGAGUGGCAGUGUAAGAGCUGCACAGUGGUCAACUCGGGCAGCAGUGUUCUGUGUGAGGUGUGUGAACGCCCCCGUCUAGCCACACGCCCGCCGGCUACGCCCUCACGCCCACCUGCCACACCCUCACGCCCGGCUGCACCCACGCUUGAGCUUCGGGAGAGUCAGUGGGUGUGUCAGUUCUGCACCUACGCCAAUCACACGCCGUCCCCCACCUGCGAGAUGUGUGACCUCCCGCGGCCCGAGCCCGCCCCCUCGCCCCCCAAACUGCGAACCCCGUCCCCGGCCAGGGACUUCCCGCAGCUGUCCGUCAAGACCAAGAGCCCGCCGUCCGACGACCCAGACGUGAAGCGCCAGCGUCUGAUGAGGGAGGAGGGACUGAAGCUGAUCCAGCUGAUCCGCGAGGGCGAGCGUAAGGGGGUGAGUCCAGAGGAGGUGUACGCGGGCGUGCGUGGCUCUGGCGACAGCAGCGUCGUGCCCUGCGAUUGGCUGAAGACCGAGCUGCCCCCCUUGCUGGACGAGCUGUGCGCCCAGGCGUCCGCAGUGCCGCUGGGUCCCCGAGCCCUCCACACCGAGCCCCCGGAGCGCGCCGACGGCUCCCAGGAGCCACCGAGCCGCGGCGUGCAGCUGUCCAGAGCCGAGGCCAAGCACGCCUGGCUGACAGCAGGGGGCGACACUGAGCGAGCGGUCAAGCAGGCGCUGAGGGACAGGAAGGCCAAGGUGAAGGAGCUGGCCGCGCUGGGCUUCAGUGACGCGGGCCGCUGCGGGGAGGCUCUGCGGCUGAGCGGGGGCGAGGUGAGGGGUGCCCUGGCCGUGCUGCAGCGCCCUCUCCUGGACCCCUUUCACCAGCGCAUGUGGAGCGACCAGCCCGAGCCCCCCAUCAACAUCCACCUCCCAGACAAACAGCGCGUGUGCCGCAGGCUGCUGGCGGUGUACGACUUGCCCAGCUGGGGCCGCAGUGAGCUGGCCCUGUCCCUGCUGCAGGACCCCGCCGCCCCCUACACCCUGGAGGACGUGGUGCAGGCCGUGCGCGAGUCCCACGACCGCGACUUCAUCCGCCGCGUACUCGCCAAAGAGUGCCCCAUCUGCCUCUCCGUCUUUCCCCACAGCAAGAUGCAGUCUCUGACGUCGUGCCAGUGCUCGGUGUGCUGCAGCUGCUUCCAGCAGCACUUCACCAUCGCCGUGAGGGACAAGCACAUCAGAGACAUGGUGUGCCCCGUGUGCUGGGAGCCCGACAUCAACGACCCCGAGCACCUCAACAGCUACUUCUCCACUCUUGACAUUCAGCUCCGAGAGUGUUUAGAACCUGAGGUGUACGAGCUGUUCCAUAAGAAGCUGACCGAACAGGCCCUCAUUAAGGAUCCCAAGUUCCUCUGGUGCAGUCAUUGCUCCUACGGCUUCAUCUACGACGGCGACCAGCUGAAGGUCACUUGUUUCCAGUGCCGCAACAGUUUCUGUGCCCAGUGCAAGAAGCCUUGGGAGUCUCAGCACACUGGUCUCUCCUGUGAGCAGUUCCAGUCGUGGAAGCGAGAGAAUGACCCGGAGUACCAGAGACAGGGUCUGGCUGGAUACCUGCGCGACAACGGCAUCACGUGUCCUAACUGCAGGUUCCAGUAUGCUCUGGCCAGAGGCGGCUGCAUGCACUUCUGCUGCUCACAGUGCAGGUACCAGUUCUGCAGCGGCUGCAAUAACCCUUUCCACACGACGUGCUCGGUGAUCCAGUGCAGUGUGACGGGGCUGCAUGCCCAUCACCCCAGAGACUGCCUCUUCUACCUACGAGACUGGGAGCCUGCCAGGCUGCAGGCCCUGCUGCAGAAGGAAGAGGUGGCAUUCAACACAGACACACCUCCUGGCACUCAGGCCGGUUUGUGUGGAGUGAUCGAACAGAAGGAUGAGGGGGGCCAGCAGACUGACUCUGCCUGUGGAGCUCAAACACAGCCUGGCCAGGCAGGCCUCUGCGAGAAGCACUACAGAGAGUACCUGGUCAGCCUCAUCAACGGCCACUCCAUUGACCCCGCCCCACUGUACAAUGCCAACGAGCUGCUGCUGGCCUGCCGGAGAUACCAAGUGGAGGUGCCGAGGGGGGAGGCGGAGGACGACAGGACGUACUAUUCCCGACUACUGAAGAUGCUGAUGGAUAACGUGCCACUUGGUGACAAAGUCCCACGGAAGAAGUGAAGGAAUAUGGUCACACACACACACACACACACACACACACACACACACACACACACACACAUACUCCCUUUAUGUUGUUUAUUCUAAGUGUGAAUUAAGGUCAUUGUUGUUUACAUGGCGUGGAAGUGAUAACGUCAGGUAAUUGCACCAUUACACUUCUGGACGCAUGCAGUGAAAACGGCACUGACUGCACCUUCAUGUCCUGCAGUAAGAAGUGCUCUGUUACUGAAUAGUCCUUCAAGGAAUUCACACAUACUGUAUCUUAUUCUAUAUGUGGGCAGAACCAACACCCAGAGCUCUAAAGCACUGUAUGCUGUCUGUGCCUCUCUACCCUGAAACAGACUGAUGAAGGAGAUGCAUGCCCUUUUGAUUGUUUUAUUUAUCAGAUAUGAUCAAAUAUAAUAUAAUAUAUAAUACAAAUGAUGUGAAUCUAUAUGGAUGAGAAUUCUGAACACGAAGCAGAUCAACACUGGAGCGUUUCUGAGGUGCCUGUGUGCAUGUAGUCUAAUCAUGGUGUGUUUAUUAUACUGAUUGGCUGUGCCAUCACUGUGUCCUUGACAAAUAAAGCUCCGU